CGACCGGUUCGACACACCAUCGAGUUGGUCGAGGGUGUUGUUCCUCCAAAGGGCUGCGUGUACCGCAUGAGACCCGGCGAGUUGGAGGAACUCCGGCGACAGAUCGAUGAGAUGAUUGACAAAGGGUGGAUCGAACCAAGUGAAUCUGAUUUUGGUGUUCCUGUGUUGUUUGUGCCAAAGAAGGGAGGCAAACUCUGCAUGUGUAUUGACAAUCGAGGUCUAAACCGCAUCACGAGAAAUAAUGCUUAUCCAUUGCCUCGUAUAGACGACUUGCUUGAUGCCGCAGGCGGGUGCAAAGUCUUUUCCAAGAUCGAUCUCAAGUCUGGCUACCACCAGAUUGAAGAUGAUCCUGCAGACCAGCACAAGACUGCGUUCAAGGCGCGCGACGAGCCUUAUGAAUUUACCGUAAUGCCCUUCGGUCUCACGAAUGCACCAACCACUUUCCAAAGCCUCAUGGAUAAGGUCCUCCGCGAACAGAUUGGCCGAUUCGUGGUAGUGUACCUGGACGAUAUUAUGAUCUUCAGCGAGUCCAUGGAGGAACACCUCAAGCAUCUUGAGGAGGUGCUCACUAUCCUCGAGAAGACGCAGCUCCAUCUCAACUUGGAGAAAUCUGAGUUUGGGAAGGAUAGCGUCAUCUAUCUUGGGCACCGGUUGUUUGCUGCAGGCCUAGAGCCUGAGGCAACUAAGAUUGAGGUCAUACGUGAUUGGCCUCAGCCUGCGAACAUUCGCGAAUUGCGUUCUUUCCUUGGUCUCGCGUCGUACUAUCAAAAACAAAAGCCCAUGGGGCUACUCACACCCCUACCCAUUCCUGAUGGUCCCGGGGAGUCCGUCUCCAUCGACUUCCCUGACAUGGGUAAGGUAAGCAAGAACGGGUAUUCACAAGUCAUGGUGAUUGUUGACCGAUUCUCAAAAUUUCUCAAUCUGAUUCCUUUACCGCCUCACGCCCCAACAGAUCUAGUGAUUCGCGAAUUCCAACAGAAAUACCUGUUGCAAUUCGGAACCCCGAAGACUCUUGUGAGCGAUCGGGAUCCGCGUUUCAUUAGCACUGAAUGGAAGGAUUUCACGUCCCACCUAGGAAUCAAACUGUGCAUGACAUGUGGCCGACACCCCGAAGCCAACGGUUUGGCUGAGGAGAUCAACCAGACUGUAUUCCAGCUUCUUCGUGCGUUGAUCAUUCCGGAUCAGGAGACAUGGGAUGAAGAGAUGUACUCUGUCAAGGGGUUGUAUAACAACUUUGUCCAUUCUGCCACCGCCAUGACACCCAACAGGUUGCACUACGGUUGGCAGAUCCGUAAUCCGCUCUCCUACUUAUUCCUUGAGCAGUCAGCUGGCUUAACACCCGGCAGGCCCGGCUUCAGGGCUAAGUAUGAUCGCUUGCUCAAAGUUGCUGUUGCAGCUAUGACCAAGCGACAACAUGCCAUGAUCCACCAUGCAAACAAAAAGCGCCGACCAUCGGAGAUUCAGGUAGGAAGUUAUGUCUGGGUAAAGAUGUUUGAAUUCUCAGAGGAGGAGGGAGUCUCACGCAAACUCUUCCCACUCUACUACGGGCCUUGGGAAGUUUUGGAUGUAAUUGGGGAAAAUCACUUUGACCCUUCGUAUGUUGUAGAUGUGCCAACUCACCUGCGCACAUAUCCUGUGUUCCAUGCAUCUAAACUGUACCUCCAUCGUGAUGCCGAGACAUUCGAUUACCGCGAAGAUAUGAUCCCUCGCGCAAUCAAGGGCGGGCAUGAGAUAGAUAGAAUUAAACAGCAUGUAGGUAAAGGGAGAAACAAACAGUACCAGGUUCAUUUCAUGUAUCAUCCGCUAGAUGAUCUCUACUGGAUCUCUGAACAGGAACUGCAAUGCAGCGCACCGCGUGUUGUUAAAGCUUACGAGCGACAGAUCGCCGCUAACGCCACACCGAAGAUCUCAGCAAGGCUCUCUGCAACAGAGUAUUCCAGGAAUCUCUUUGCCUUGCUGGCCUACGAUGCUUUUGCCGAGGACUCAUAAUGAGUUACUCGCUCGAAGGGACCUCGCUCUUGAGGGGGGGGUAGUGUGAUAACCCGUCCAAACACGGAUUGAAACACACAACUGAUUUCUGAGUUUUGCUCAUAGACUGAAUGCCCUACUGAG